GGGAGCACCGGGGAGCUGCCGGCACCCAGCGCGACGGGAGGAGCGCGGCCGCGGGACCCGGCGGAGCCGCCAGCACCGAAAGAGCCGCGCCCCGGCCCCGGUUGUGGCCGCCCCACCCGGCCCCGGGGGCGCGGGGCCCAGCCCGGCCCGGCCCGGCCAUGCUCGGCCUGGAUGUGUGCGAGGCCGGCGGGCAGCUGCUGGAGCUGCUCUGGCUGGCGCUGUGCUACCGAGACAUCAUGGCUGACAAGGAGGGGGUGACGCUGUCUCUGGAGGAGGAAGAGGAGGAGGAUGCCCUGGCGUACAAGACGCCAGAAAAGAAGAGCCUUCAGGAGAUCCAGGAGCUGGACCCAGGGGACGAGAGCCUGCGGAAGUACAAGCAGACACUGCUGGGUGCCAUCCCUGCUGCCGUGGAUUCCAGUGUGCCCAACGUGCAGGUGACAAGGCUCACCCUGAUGUGUGAGCAGGCACCAGGGCCCAUCACCAUGGACUUGACAGGAGACCUGGAGCUGCUGCGAGGCCGGGCCUUUGUGCUGAAGGAAGGGGUGGACUACAGGGUGAAGGUGUCCUUCAAGGUGAACAGAGAGAUCGUCUGCGGGCUGCGGUGCCUGCACCUCACCUACCGCCGGGGCCGCCCGGUGGAUCGCGAUGUCUUCAUGGUGGGCAGCUACGCGCCGCGGGCUGAGGAGUACGAGGUGGUGACACCGGCAGAGGAGGCACCGCGGGGGUGGCUGGCGCGGGGCUCCUACCGCGUCCGCUCCCGCGUCACCGACGACGACGAGACGGAGCAUCUGUCCUGGGAGUGGGGCCUCUGCAUAAAGAAAGCCUGGGAGGACUGAGCCCCCCCACACCCCUCAGUUCCCCCCCGACCCCCUGCCAUCCCGGGGGACAUCUCGCUGGCACCGCUGUGCCCACCCUGGUUGUGUGAAGGGGGUGUGGGGGGGGUGUCCCCCAGCCAGAGGGUGCCCACAGCUGUGGUCUUCGCAACCAAAGUUAUUUUUAAUUGCCGGGUUUUUUUUGGUUUGUUUUUUUUUUUUUUGGUUUGUUUGUUUUUUUUAAAAAAUACCAAUG